GCUCGGGGGGUGGGGGGAGCGGGUGGGGAGAUGGAUAAACUGACCAUCAUCUCAGGAUGUCUCUUUCUGGCCGCCGAUAUCUUCGCCAUCGCCAGCAUCGCCAACCCCGACUGGAUCAACACCGGGGAGUCCGCGGGAGCACUCACUGUGGGCCUUGUGCGACAGUGUCAAACAAUCCAUGGACGAGACCGGACAUGCAUCCCACCUCGGCUUCCUCCAGAGUGGGUCACCACACUGUUUUUUAUCAUCAUGGGAAUCAUUUCAUUGACUGUUACAUGCGGCUUGCUGGUGGCUUCCCACUGGCGAAGAGAAGCUACAAAAUAUGCUCGAUGGAUAGCAUUUACUGGAAGAUUUCUCUGUGGAUCCAAGACCUUUACUACUGACCUCACAGUGCUCUAAUGUUGAUACACAAAGGACCAGGAUGAUGCAAGCACCGUCUUGAUCCUGAGAGAACACUCUGGAGGCUUCUUCAAGCUUGUGGGUUCUCUGCUAUCUUGAAGCCAUACAUUUGGUAUGUUUUGCAAAGAUUUGUUUCUGCCAAAAUGGUUUUAAUUAUUUUUGCUAAAAGGAAUAGACUCAAGAAUUUGAUCUCAUUUUAGAUGUGGUUUCCCCAACUGGCCAUUUUAUGGAACUCCAGUAGUAAAUAUUGCCAGUGUACUUGGUCACUGUUGUAUCAAUCUUGGUUUUAUUAUCUGUUAGGGCAAAUCGGUACAAUCAAUGCCAUGUCCUGACUCUGGCACUCUUUUCAUGUUGUUUAAAUAUUUAAUUUAGUUGUCUAAGACAAUUUAACUAUUUUCUUAAAAAGAAAAACUCUUAUUCUUACACAUUGCUUUGUUCUCUGUUGCAAAAUGCAAAUUCAGUUGAACAACCAAUUGAAGAAAAUCCUUUCUUAUUAUCCAUAAUAAAUUGCUCUAGGAAAAAAAAAACAAGCCACAUAUCUAAGAAAGCUUUAGACUACUUCAUCUUCUACAGAUUCUACUAAUGUAGUGAGUGAGUUAGUAGAGUGAAUGGGUUUGUGUAUUGCAUUCCCACCCCCACUCACACAUACCACUCUAAUACAUUAUCUCCUUUCUGCUGUCAGAAUCAUCAUAACUUUCUCUUGUCCUAAGUGGUAUUAUGGAGAAUAAUGACCCUAAGCGAGACAAAAGGAUUUUUUUUUCCUAGUAACAUACCUGUAAAAAAAUUGUCUAUGAGUAUAGGUAAUUAAAAAACUACCCACAAUCCACCAGAUUACCUCUAUGAAUAGUUUCUUGGGUAUUCUUACAUUCUGCUGUCUUUACAUAUAAAGAGAGAGUGUGUGUGUGUGUGUAUGUAUAUAUAUAUAUAUAUAUAUAUAUAUAUAUUGUAUGUACACAUAUAUAUGUAUAUAUUAUAUGAUGGGUGUGUCCUGCUUGGUUAUUUUAACAAAAGCAAGAUCAUAUGCAUAUCUGCUACUCCUUUCUUAAAAAGGAGUAUUUAUGAUGGAUAGCUUUGUCAGUAAAUAUAGAUCUUUCUCAUUUUUAAUAGCUGUAUAAUGUAUGUGUUUGUGUAUGUAUUUAUCUCUUCCCUUGUUGAUUUCCAAGUUGUUUGGAAGGCUUUUCCAAGUUUUUGCUAUUACAAAUAAUGCUGCUAUGAACUUAGUCCUUAGAUAAUAGAAACUGCCAAGUACCAUAAUAACCUGACAUUCUAACUGAAGCAUAUCAGCUACUCUAUUAAGGCAAUUCAUAUAUUUAAAAAUACCAUGGUUAAAACUUAGUAGCAUUCAAUAAGAGUUUGGAGAAAGUCACUAACAUUAAAUUCAUGUUAAGUGUUUUUCCAUAUGUCAUCUUAAUUCAUUCCACUUCUAAGGAGAAGUGGAGACAGUAUUUUAUGUAGACUAGAAAACUGUGGGUCACAAGGGUGAACAAUUUUCCCAAGGUUACAUAAAUAGUAAUUGGUGUGUCUGGUUUUCAGACCUAAGUUCCCUGACUUCGAAUCUAGGACUACUUCUGCUGUCCUACGUUGCCAAUUUGGCUAGUCUAAAGGAAAUAAAAGUAGCUUGUCCCAGUUGCAUGAUUCCUUGGCUCACACAUGAGCAGCUAAAUCUAUGGUUUGCUGCUUCUGCAUGUGGAAUGAAAACAAUUAUAAAAGGUAGCCCCUACUUAGAAACAGCCAGUGAAUAUUAUAUGUUUUGUUGAAAAAAAAGUUUAUGUUACUGUUUGUGUUUUAAUGUUCUAUCAUUCCCCUCUCAUUGUCAAGUUUUCUCUCUGCAUUUGUCGCUACAUGUUAUUUUAUACUGCUAACCUCUUUGGUGACUAGAUUAUGUCACACAUUGAUUUUAUUGGGACCCUAUAGGAAAUUGGGCACCCAGGGAAAUUUUCCCAAACAAGUUAUCCCCUGUUCCCCCUUCAACACUUUUAAAAAAAGAAAAGAAAAACAAUCACCUAGAUCCCUUCUGCCUUGAUAGGAAAUCUGUUGGUUAUUGGGCUACCUGAGGGUUGUGCAGAGGUCCAUGGCUCACGCAUGAGAAGUCCCCUCCAGUCGUUUGCCAUCUGUCUACACUUACUACUGCUGAGACAUCAACUGUCCCAGGCUGAAUGGUACAGUAGUUCUGUGUCCAUCCCAUGCUUGAAGCAUGUUCAGCUUUGGUGAACUGGAAACCCCUAUGCUUGUGGACCUUCUCCCUGAAUACACCGAGGACUCUCCUCUUAGGUCAUGCCAUCUCAAAGUGUUACUACCAAACACUGAGCAGGUCCCUAUUCCCUCUAAUUUUCUGAUCUCUGGUAUCUUGACCUUUGGGGACUACCUCUCUCCUUUGGCUUCCAUCAGAGGCAUGUUUGCCUUGUACCCAUGUCCUCUUCUUUGCUUAGAAAUUUAAAAACCCCACUUCUUUUCAUUGGGCUGAUUGCACCCUCUGGCUCCAGGACUGGACACAGAAGAAGCUGAGUCUGGCAAAUCAAAAGUCAUAGUGAUUGUUUCAGGAAUGAACAUGUCAUGUAACCAAGCCAUGCCUGGGACUUUGCUGGAACUCCUGGGAAAGAGAUGCUCUUUCUUCCCCAACAUCUGGGGGGAAAACUAAGUGCUGCUGGUGUCCCAGUUUGCCAGCCACUCGUGAAGAGCCUGCCUAAGAAUAAAGCCAUCAGGAAGAAAGGAAGCUGAGAAAUGGAGACAGCUUUCUGUUAACAUCAUUUUUGCCUUUGGAUCAAGCCAUGCCUCAAGGCAGAACUAUCGCUGGAUUUUUCUGUUAUUUGAGCAAAUAAAUUCCCUCUUUUCUUAA